AUGUGGCUUUUGUUUUCGGUGUUCUUUCUCACUGCCGCCCUCGCCUUUCGGAUGUGUUCUGAUGCAAUUGGUUCCGCUGCAGCCAUCGCCCAGCUGCUCGGCGAAGCCAUCAAAUUAUGGCAAAUGAUCUCGCGGGCGCGUCAGGCGGUGCGUACAGCACCUGAGGUGCGCGCAAAUACCGCUGGGCUGCUGUCCAGUCUACUCGACACGAUGCACCUCGUCGAGCGCGAGCCGAACUUGCAAAACCCUGGCGUCGACCAAGCCCUUCAGCAUAUAUAUGCUGUCGCAGGAGAGCUCAACCAUAUACUGGAGGGCAUGGUAGCACGACAGCGCAGGAGCACGCUACGGCAGAGUCUACAUGCACUGUGCCGCAGAGAGGCAGAAGAGGCUCACCUGAGAGACGUCCUGGGACGGCUCUACGGAGCCCGGGGUGAUUUGCUCCUUAGGAUCAACGUGCUGCAAGUGGGCCUGAUGGGAGAAGUGGUGGAGGGCAUGCAGAAGUCUGAGCUGGAAGUGCCAACGGCGAGACAGGGGCCGAUCCGCAGUGCAGACGAGGAUAUCCAUCAUCGCCUGGUGCUGGAGGACAACGAGACGUGGGAGCAGGCGGACCAGGUGAACGGCAUCAUAGCGCUGGAAGGUUCAGCGACUUCGACCACGGCAGAGUUGAAGGGCAACAGAGCUCUGGGGAACAGCCGCCAGAAGAACUUCAUUCUGGGCGGGACGGUUCCACUCAGCAUACUUGUACAUAUGGCUGGUUGA